ACGCCAAGGACAUAAAAAGAAGCAAAAAAAUGUUGGAGGAGACUGGAUUCCAAUUCUUGAUUCCGCAAUUAGUCCAUGCAUUCAACCAACUGCGAGCGGAAUCUGCUAGAUCCUCAAAUCAAAAGAACAUGAUAAAUAGCUAUUUUCAUGAAAUACUGAAACAAAACAGAAAAUCGGUAUUCGUCGUAACCGGCAUAAUUGGAAUGGGUAAAUCUCGUGCAAGUUUGUUAUUGUUUGAACGAUUAAGAAUUAUGAAAGAUGCAACUCCCUUCGGUGUUUCAAAUAUUAGUGAACUUGAGUUAAUUAAAGUUUUACCUGACAUCAGAAUGGCAAUACUUGUAGACAGAUUAUUUGAUCAAAUAACAUCAACGGAAACCCUCAAAAGAAGUAUAUUAAGUCUUAACAAAUUAAUGCAAUUACUCGAUAACUGGACAGAGAAUAAUACUCUUAUAAUAUCAAUGGAAAAAGAAGUUCUAAAUUACCUUCAAACCUGGCGAAAGAAAGAGGAGUUUCUACAAAAAAGCUUGGUCGUCGAUUUUACUGGGAAGUUGGAUAUAAAGACCGAGGACGAGGACAUAUUCAAUCACAUAAACGACAUGGAGGGGAAUUGUUUUUCUUGUUUGUCUACAGUGUUACUGAAUCCAGGUUUGAGAUUCCAAUAUCCAACAGACUUUCACAGGUUUCCUUCGGAUCCAUUUUGCAAUGAUUUCCUGAUCCAACAAAAAAUUGCAGAGUCAUUUGUUGGUAUUUAUCUAGAGAAAAAAGAUGGAUGCUUAUAUAUCAGUGAUAGAAGAAUCCGUAAGAUUUUGUGCAAAAUUCUUUUUGUAAAAAAUCCAGAAGGAUUUCUUAAAAUAUGUCCUUUUAAAAACUUGAUAGAAUAUGCAGUGCAAGGCGAAGUUUGCAACUUAAAUGAGGUCCUCCUAGAUACGCUGUUUUUGCGCCUCUUUACUGCUAUAAGGGAACAUCCGUCUUUUUCUCUGUUUGAGGAUUUCGUACAAAUAUGUAAAACAGAAAAUCAGGAGAAACAUACAAAAAUUUCCGAUAAUACAAAGGCAAUUUUUUACGAAUCCCUAACACCAACGUAGCUCAUUUGACAAAUCAAUUAGUAGAGAGUGGUGGGAAGUAUUUUUUGUCAAUCGAAGAAUUGUUACUACACGAUAUUUGUUUUUUCGCAUGUAACUCUUCUGGAAAAUCAAAAGAUGAUCUCUCUAGAUUGUCAGAUGAAGGAAUAACUCGAUAUAGAUCCAGCCUUAUGGCAAUUGCUUGUGAGUUUGAACCAAAAAAGUGCAGUUUGGAAUAUAAAACAAAUAUUUGGGACAUAGGCAAUAUUCCGAACAGAUUACUUGAAUAUUUUCUGAAGAGUAAGUAUAUGGUUGACACACUGUUGUCGAAAACCUUUAUAAGGGCAGCUGAACAAAACUUUCGCUCCGAGUUUAGCCUCAGCAAUGACUCUUUUUGGAUAGGGUACCGAAUUAAAAAUAGACGUUCUAGCUGCAAAAAAUUUGUCAUUGUCGUUCGUAGGGAAAGAAUUCCACAAACAAAAGAUGAAACCUUACCGUCAACGUACUGUGGACUAGAAGUUCUUGUCAAAGGAAAGUUUGAUACGGAUGGUGAAUCAAGAGCAAUUAUGCAAGAAGAAGCUAAAUACAAACUUGAUGAACAUUUAACAAUAAACGACUCGAUCAUAGACCAAUUACUUCAAGCCCAUAGUAACAUUACUGGCAUAACAACCUCUCCUGUUUUGUCAAUGAAUUACAACGGAGACAAACCACAUAAACUAAAACCUAUUUCGUGUAUUGUAAUAUUAUGCCACACAAAGGGUGUAGUUCCAAUGGGUGAAAAACCUUUCCCUACUUACAUACAUGGCUUUCCCGUGGAUGUACGUGAAUCAUGCCCGGCCACCUCUGCAACACGUCCUCCUCACGUUGGAGACACUAUCAAAGCAGACACAGGGAUGACCAAGGGAACCUUAGGAGGAUUUGUUUUUAUCGGAAGUAAAAAAGUAUAUUACUUAACUGCUGCACAUGUCUUAGUGCAAAAACAUUUCCUGAAUGAAAAUCUAUUUAAUCGUCCAAAUGAAAUAGAUACAAAAAUAUUAAGAAAGGUGUCCCAGGAAUGGCAAGAAUGCGGUAAACUAGAAAGAGGGUAUUUUGGACAUAUAGUUUGGCGAAAUAGAGUAACAGUUGAUGCUAUACUUGUCAGUGUCGAUCAUGAUGAUCACAAGCCAAAGGAUACAUGUACCUUUCUUCCCCAAGAAAACGUAAUUAAUGCAGGAUUUUCAGAGGGUUCAAAACCAUAUUUUACUGGAAAAAUAAAAGAAAUUCUAAAACUGGACACGUCAUUGGAUAUAGUAAAAUAUGGACAAAAAACGUUAUGGACAAAGGGAAAAAUGACAAGUUUCAAUGCAUUUAACAAAAUAUAUUUUGAAGCAAAUGAUCCUGGUGAAUACUUUUACAGGAAUUAUUACGGCCAAAUUGUCGUUACAAGCAACAGUGGUAAAUUUGCUGAUCAAGGAGAUUCUGGAUCACUUGUUUUCACCGUAGAAGAUUACCAAGACCCCGAAUUGCAAUGCAUAGGACUUCUCAACGCUGUUAACCUAUCGACUUUUGAAGUAUUUAUAACACCUAUUAGAGCUGUACUAGAGAGCUUAAAACUUGAUUUAAAUGCAUUCACAAGGCUUGAUCCCCCAUUUUACUUGAAGUAUUUUAACAUUAUUCAAGAAACGCAAGCUUUGCAAACUGAAAUUCUUUUUAACAUCGAAGAAAAUACAAGAGAAUUCAGGACCUCGAAUCUAAGAAAUGCUCCAGUUUCAUCAAUGCAAUGAGAGAGAAUAAUAAAAUAACUA